AUGUCAAAGUCAUUAGAAUGGGAAAAUCUCGAGUUUUCUCUACUUCCUUGGAUAAGGACAGGAUUGGAUGUAAUGGGUUUUGAGACCAUGACCCCAGUUCAAGCAUCAACAAUUCCCAUGCUUGCUGGCAACAAGGAUGUGGUAGUUGAUUCUGUAACAGGCUCAGGUAAGACCGCAGCGUUUGUUAUACCUAUACUAGAGAGAGUCGCAAAGGAAGAAGCAAAUACAUCAAAGUUCAAGAAAGCACAUUUUCAUUCAUUAAUUAUUGCUCCGACAAGAGAAUUGUCUCGCCAAAUUGAGUCUGUAUUUUUAUCAUUCCUGGAACACUAUCCUUCUGACUUGUUCCCUAUCAAAUGCCAACUCCUGAUUGGUACCAAUGAAGCCACAGUCAGAGACGAUGUGAGUAAUUUCCUGCGGAAUAGACCUCAGAUUCUGAUUGGAACACCUGGUAGAGUUUUGGACUUUCUGCAAAUGCCAGCAGUAAAAACGUCAGCAUGUAGUAUGGUGAUUUUGGAUGAAGCGGAUAGGUUGCUAGAUGUGAGUUUUAUCAAGGAUAUUGAGAAAAUCCUGAGGCUAUUGCCUAAGCAAAGAAGAACGGGUCUAUUCUCCGCAACUAUGCGUAGCGCGGGAUCAGAUAUCUUUAAGACAGGGCUCAGAAAUCCUGUCAGGAUUACUGUAAACUCUAAGAAUCAGGCGCCUUCUUCUUUGAAAUUGAAUUACUGUGUCGUGAAUCCUGUCGAAAAACUGCAACUUUUAGUCAGCAUUUUGAAUAACUACAAGUUCAAGAAAUGUAUUGUAUAUUUUCCAACAUGUGUAUCAGUCUCCUAUUUCUACUCAUUUAUUCAACAUUUGGCAAAGAAAAACAUCCUCGUCAAUGAAGUAGAAGUAUUUUCCUUACAUGGAAAACUACAAACGUCAGCAAGAACAAAGACCCUAGCAGCAUUUACCGAUUCGCUAGGUAAUUCCGUGUUAUUCACUACGGAUGUAGCUGCUAGAGGUAUUGAUAUACCCGACGUUGAUCUUGUCAUUCAGCUUGAUCCUCCUACAAAUUCUGAUAUGUUCAUGCAUAGAUGUGGUAGAACUGGUAGAGCAAAUAGGGUGGGUAAAGCAAUCACAUUUCUUAAUAAAGGCAGAGAAGAGGACUUUGUUCCUUUCAUGCUAGUCAAAAAUGUGGAACUUGAAGAAUUUGAUUUGAAAGUAAAGGGCAUUACAACAAACUUUUACGAAAACUUUAGAGAUUGGAUAUUCGAAGAUAGGGAUAGAUUUGACAAGGGUGUUAAAGCAUAUGUUGCCUUCAUUAAAUAUUAUUCAAACCAUUCCGCAACUUCAAUUUUUAGACUUCAGUCGUUAGAUUAUGUUGGUAUUGCAAAAAUGUACGGUCUUUUCCGCCUACCUAGAAUGCCUGAGAUAACAAAGUACUUAAUCACUGAAAAGCAAGAAGGGGUUUUCCCAGGGAAUUGGCUGGUAGAUCCCCCAGUUAACAUGGAUGAAUAUAGAUACAAGGACAAAAAACGUGAAAAGGAGAGACAGGAAACGCUGAAAAAUAUAAAUCUGAUUAAUGACAAGAAGAAGAUAAAAAGUGAGUUGAAGAAGAAGAAUUUAGCUUGGUCAGAUAAAACAUCGACAAAAGAACGAAAGCUCGAAAGGAAGGAAAAGAUGAGUUUAAAAAGGAGGGCCAUAGAAGAAGAAUUGAAAGCUGAAGAACUCAAUGAAAAUGCUGAGGAAGAGCAUAUUCAAGAGGAUUGGAAAGAAAUUGUUUUACAGAAUAAGCGGAAGAAAGUUUCCAGCAAAACCAUCCAGGGUAGUUUUGACGGCUUAUAA